AGAAAAAACAAAAAUGUACGGCGGAAAAUCUCCCCAGGAGUUGCUUUCGGGGUCGUUCUCCAAGACCUGGCUGCACGACAAGUGGGCCCCGUUGGUGGGUGGUGCGUUUGGAUUCCUGGGCGCGUGCUACGUUAACUAUGGCACCGGUCGUCCUGCGUUCAGCGGUAUUCAGAAACACAUUGCAGCUAUGCUAGCGGUCGGUGCUGCUGCCACAAUGGUCGACAAGUGGCGCAAUGCUUACUUCGCCGAGAAAGAUGCUACCCUCCGCCACUACAUUGAACUCCAUCCGGAAGAUUUCCCUACCUCUGAACGCAAAAAGUUCGCCGAUGUACUGGAGUACUGGCAACCCAUCCGUUAGGCUUACUAUCUCGUUACAUUGACCCGUGUGGCAAUGGAAUGACUCUGCUGGUGACUAGUGUGUAGCGUGGAUGUAAAUAAAACGCCCAAAAAAUCACUUCUCAA